UCAACAUAAACCAAAAGAGGAGAGAGAAAAGGGGAAAAAACUGAAAUUCCGAGAUCGCUCCAAAACUCCUCGGCGAAUGCAACAACCCUCGCAAGAAAUCAAGAAAAAGGCAGACCAACGAAACGCACCCACGCUCUCUUCUCUCUCUAAAACAACCAAUCUCUCUUUCUCUCUAAAACAACAAAACUCUCUCUCUCUCUAACUGGCUCGGAUCCAGGAACCCUAAUUUCUUCCCCCCCAUCAGUCGGUUAUUACCUCCUUGACGCGCGCACAUUUCUGGUACCACCAUCCUCUCUCUCCGUCUCUCUCUCUAUCUAAAAGAUGAGUUGUGGUCCAUUUUAGGGUUUCCCUGCAAUGAGGCAUUGAUGGAAGAUGAUGGGUAGGGGAGCGGAAGGAGGCUGCGGCACGGAAGAGAGCAGUUGCCGAGUUCACAAGGCCACCCCCAUAGCCAGAAAGACCACCACUGCCAUAGCGGAGCGAACCUCGACCACUGAUGCGAAAAGGGGCAUGGAUGCCUUUGUUCAGGCGAGGAAGGCUCUCUCUGAGCGAUCCCCUUUCGAACCAGAAGAAGCCCUAGCUAGGGUUCCCACCCUCCCUGUUGGAUUGGCUCAGUUCCUUGCCAAGUUUUGGAGCGAGAGCAACAGGAGAAAGAACAGGAAGUUGCAGAAUAGGGGGCUUUUGCAUGAAGCCGCUGCUCCUCCUUCUUCUGUUGCCAAGCUUUCAAAGGCAGGGUCCCAUGGUUCCGCUUCUGCUUCUGCUUCUGCUUCUGCUUCUUCCUCGAGCCUUUGGGUUGAUACAGAGGAUUACUUUAGACAGGUCACCCUUGAUGACAUCGACUCUCUCACGCCACAGACGAGGUUGAGCCUUAAGGACCCCGACCCUUGCUUCUCCCUCGUGCCCCCUGUUCUUAGAAGAAGUGGAGAAGCACUGGUCUUGGAAGAAAAUGUGAAUUCAAGCUUUCUCUCUCCUCAUGUGUCCGAGGAGAGGGAAAGUGCAAGUUCUCUCUCUGUAGAGGAUAGGGAAGAUGCAGGUUAUCUCUCUGGUCGCAUGUUGGAAGAGAUGAAACCCGUGACUCAUUUAUCUCCUCAUAUAUUAGAGGAGAUAGUGGCGGCCUCUAAGAUGGAGGAGGAGAAGAAGAAGGGCAAUCCCAAUUGUGGCAUUUCUUUAAUGGAGGUUGAUACUAACUCGCCCGAAUUUUCGGGUAACAAGGAGAAGAAAGAGAAACACGAUGACGUUGCACUGACUUCAUCUGAAGAGGGGAAGGUUUCUCUCUCUACUCCUGCACCCACUGAGCCUACUAUUGCCGCUGUCAGAGUGGUGGAGUCUCGCGACAUGGAGCAGCUCUUGAGCAUGAAGCAAAAGUCUCUCUCUCUAAAGCGUCCUGCCAAGAAGAGGAAGCUCGUUGUUACUUCCGCGGACGAGACUGAGAGAAUAGCAGUAUCUCCUGUUGUGAAAGGUGAUUCAGCCAUCUGCCAUGUGUGUUCCGGCAAAACAAGCGAGGAAACAAAUAAGAUUUUGGCCUGUGAUGAUUGUGGUGUCUCGGUUCAUCAGAAAUGCUAUGGUGUGCAAGACAUUUCUUCGGGGGAGUGGCUGUGCUCGUGGUGCUCCCAUAUUUUGCAGAGGAAGAACACUGAUGGUUCAACUAAUCAGGGAGCUCAGUUAUCAUCAAAACCUUGUUUAUUUUGCCCAAAUGGGAGAGGAGCUCUGAAACCCUUGGCUAAUGAUGGUGAUAGUGAAAAUGGUAAUUCUGUAAAGUUUGCCCAUUUGUUUUGUUGUCAAUGGGCGCCUGAGUUCUAUGUUGAGAACACCAGGACAAUGGAACCGAUCAGGUGCACUGACAGAAAGAAGGAAUCACAGAAGAAGCUAUCAUGUUGCUUAUGCAAAGAGAAGUUUGGGACCUGCAUUCAGUGUAGCCACGGAAUGUGUAAAACAUCUUUUCAUCCCCUAUGUGCAAGAGAAGCAAGAUACAGAAUGGAGAUUUGGAGAAAGACUAGAGGUGGCAAUGUUGAAUUGUGGGCCUUUUGCUCAAAGCACUCUUCUCAAGAUUUUGUGGCCCUGCAAGCAGAAAACAAUUUGUUUGAUGCUGGAUCAAAUUCUUCAGUGGCUAAGUUCUUGCCAGAAAAUCGACUGCAGAAGUCGAAAACAGAGCGUAAACUAAAGGCAGUAAAGAGAAAGGGUGGACUCCAGGAUGGAAUUCCAACUGCAAGCUCAGACAAAGCAAGCAUUUGUCCUUAUUCAUCUAGAGAUCUUGCAAGAAAUAACUUGGGGGAUAUUGAUGUCUCAGAUUCACACAAUCUUGUUUUAUCAUUUAAGAAGUUGAUUAAUCACAUAAAUAUAAGCCUAAAAGAUGUUGCAUCAGAGAUGGGUGUGUCAUCUGAUUCGCUUGCUGCUCUGCUUCAGGGUGAGAAUGGUGCCUUAUACCCAGUGUUGGAGAUGAAAGUUUUUGAUUGGCUAUGCAAGAUGGGCAGUACUGUCCAAAGUUCAAAUGUUGAAGGCGAUCCUGCUGUUUCAACAAGGGCUAAGAAGAAGGGCAGGGAGAUAUUGAUUGAUGAAAUGGGUGAGAACCCAUCUGUUGACAGUAUAAAUAUUCAAGAAGCUGUUAACUUACCCAAUUGUGCUGACCAAGGAUGCAAUUUCGAGGAAGUAGGGGUCACUGGAAAGAAAAUACAUUUGGCAGAGUUCGCUGGAAAUUCUGAGCAAACUACUCUUUCAUCUGGAUGUUCACUAGGAAUCCAAGAUGUGGUGGAGGAAACACUUCAGUCUCCAGAUCAAGCAAAGCCAUGUUUGGCCCAGGAAAGCGAUCAAGCGAAUGCUGCUGUUGAUGUUCUGUUUCAUCCACCAAAGGAAAAGGCAGAACUACUGCAGAGUGGUGCUCUUGACAUGCAGGGUCUUGCCAAGCCUAUGGACGAGACUAAUAUCAAGGUUAAUGAACUAUCAAUUGGUUCUUUUAUGCACCCAUUGAUCCAUGAGAGAUUAAUGCGAAUAGAGAACUGCUCAGUUGGCAGGCAGCGAAAUAGGUCGCAGUCAGAUGGUGAGUGUUGGAAUGGUACUUCUUCUUGGGCUACAGCUUCCAAUGGAAAUGAACUGCCUUCAUGCUCCAUUACUUCUGAAGUGAAGCAUAUACCAGAUGUAGCACAAUUGAAGCAGCUUGUUAAAGCUCGGAAGAUGGGAAUCAUGGACCUUGCACCAGACGAUGAAGUGGAAGGAGAAAUUCUCUACUUUCAGAAUCAACUACUUGCCAGUGCUCUUGCAUGCAUGAAUAGUUGUGACGAUUUGAUUUUCAGAGUUGUCACAAAUCUCCCCCAUGAGCAGGAUGCCUUGCGGAGACAGAGAUGGGAUGCUGUAGUUGUUAACCAGUAUCUUUGUGAGGUCAGGGAAGCAAAGAAACAAGGGAGGAAAGAGAAAAGGUUUAGAGAGGCCCAGGCUGUAUUGGCAGCAGCAACGGCUGCUGCCGCAGCUUCUUCAAGAGUUUCAUCUUCUAGGAAAGAUUCAUACGAUGAAGUCAGUGCUGUGCAUGGCCACUCUGUGAGUCCUUUUAGGGGGAGUGCCUUAAGUGGGAGGCCUGGAUCUUAUUCGCAGUUGAUACCAGUGAAAGAGACUCUUUCUAGACUGGUUGUUACGAAGGCUUCAUGUGAAAAGCAGUCUGAUGUCUGCCAGCUUGCCUCAGACUCUCUCAAAGAUCGUUCAAUAUCAUGUGAUAUCUGCUGCCGAAAUGAGACUAUAUCAAAUCGUCUUGCUGUUUGCUGCAACUGCAAGGUUGCAGUUCAUCCUGAUUGCUAUCAUAUCCUUAGGGAUUCUGGUGCUGCCUGGCAUUGCGAACCAUGUGAAGAGUUAAUACAGCAUUACAAGUGUUCUUCUAGAAUAGCAUCUGUGAACGUCCGAGAGUGGCAGUGUGGUUUAUGUGGUGGCACUUCGGGUGCUCUUAGGAAGUCUACUGAUGGCCAAUGGGUGCAUGCCUUUUGUGCAGAGUGGAUUCUGGAAUCAACAUUUCAAAGGGGACAGCCAAACCCUGUUGAAGGAAUGCAAUUUGUUUUGAAAGAGAGAGACGCUCAACUUUGCAGCUUAUGUCGUCGCAAAGUUGGUGUAUUUCUAAAGUGUAGUUAUGGCCACUGUCAUAUCACCUUUCAUCCAUUAUGCGCUAGAAAUUCAGGGUUAUACAUGACUGCAAAGACCAGUGGUGGCAAGGUUCAGCACAGAGCAUAUUGUGAGAAACACACGAUGGAGAGGAAGGAAAAGGUUGAGUCUCAGCCCUACGGUUCUGAUGAAUUGAAAAGUAUCAAACAAAUACGGGUUGAGUUGGAAAGGGUGCGUCUUCUCUGUGAACGCAUUGUCAGGAGAGAAAAACUGAAGCGAGAGUUGGUUCUUUGUUCUCAUGACAUACUUGCCUCGAAAAGAGAUUGUGUGGCUUUCUCUGUCCUCUUUCAUAGUUCCUUCCUUCUCCCAGAUGUGAGCUCAGGAUCUGUCACUACCUCUCUAAAAGGGCACACUGAAGAUAACAAAUCUUGUGGGGAAACGAUUCAAAGAUCAGACGAGAUCACUGUAGACAGUGCAGUUUCUAGUAAGUUUAAAGAUGCAUCAAAUGUCCAGUCAAAUAUUGACUUAAGGGGAGUCAACAGUUCCACAUCACACAGGACUUGUACACGGAAGUCUGCAGAAAGAUUGCCAGUUGCUGGGAAGCACCUUCCCAACCAAUCCAUUUCUGCUUCUAUGGAGUUCCGAAGUCCAAGAGAUGAUGGAGAUAGGAAGUUGAAGUCGAGAAAGCACAUGGAGACUCUUCAGAGGGAGGUUGUAAUGACACCAACUGAAGCUUCAAUGCAAAAUCAGCGGUUACCUAAAGGGUAUGCAUAUGUCCCUAUGGUUUGCCUCUCAAAAGGCAAGCCAGCAUCACCUGACACAGAGCUGCAUGAUGCAUGAAAAUUGAAGAUGCUGACCCACUUAAUGUUUCUUUGAGAGAGGCCACUAUAUUGCAUGCAUAUUCUGAUGGUGCGAAUUUUACGCCUGCAAACUUAAUUCCUUAGAAGAGGAAGGAUGAAAGAAACCAACAGAUGAUGUUGAUGUAUCGUCUUGUAGAGCGUUUGUGCGAUUCAGAAAAUUUUGGGAUCAGCUUGUGUAUUCUGAGAGUGAAGUGUACAAAAGAUGAGAGAUGGUUUUUACCAUUGUAUGUAAGAGAUCUGAAAGGGAUGGAGGAUGCGUCAGUUAAACAACUCCAUGCUUGCUCUUCCUUUGUACUAUACAUAUAUUGAAAUCAAAUGAUUCUUAUGUUGUAGGCUGUAA